UAUUUUUAGAAAUUAUUUUGAAUAAUGUACAUGGGGUUACGUACUUAAUAUGAGGAAUGACAGCAUUUGAGGAGGAAACUAGAGAAUAAAGCAAAAAAAGAUGUUUGUUUUUAAACUGGAGGCUACUUUUCAACUUAGCAGUGCCAAAUUAAAACUAUGUUACUUAAAUUUUUGUCUUUUUCAGUUUUAACUUGUACACUGUGAAGUGUGUGUGUACAUGCACAUGUGCACAUGUACUUUUGAACUACCCAGGAUGAUCUCUAGGAUGAAAUAGAUAACCAGUUCUGGGAGUCUAGCUUAUACCAAACUUGGGUGAUUGGUCCUAAGUUAGACACAUCAUACCAGAGUGAGAAUUGAUUUGCAUGUUAAGUCUUUUGGUUUCUGCAGGUUUUGUAGUGCAUCCCUGAGCAUGAGUGCAGAAUGAAGCGGCGUUUGGAUGACCAGGAGUCACCGGUGUAUGCGGCUCAGCAGCGUCGGAUUCCUGGCAGCACAGAGGCUUUUCCUCACCAACACCGGGUGCUUGCCCCUGCCCCUCCUGUGUACGAAGCAGUGUCUGAGACCAUGCAGUCAGCCACGGGAAUUCAGUACUCUGUAACGCCCAGCUACCAGGUUUCAGCUGUGCCACAAAGCUCCGGCAGUCAUGGGCCCACCAUAGCAGCGGUUCAUAGCAGCCAUCAUCACCCAACAGCUGUGCAGCCCCAUGGAGGCCAGGUGGUCCAGAGUCAUGCUCAUCCAGCUCCACCAGUUGCACCAGUGCAGGGACAGCAGCAGUUUCAAAGGCUCAAGGUGGAAGAUGCGCUAUCCUAUCUUGACCAGGUGAAGCUGCAGUUUGGUAGUCAGCCUCAGGUCUACAAUGAUUUCCUUGACAUCAUGAAGGAAUUUAAAUCUCAGAGCAUUGACACUCCAGGAGUGAUUAGUCGUGUGUCCCAGCUGUUCAAAGGCCACCCUGACUUGAUAAUGGGCUUUAACACCUUCUUGCCCCCUGGCUACAAAAUUGAGGUGCAAACCAAUGACAUGGUGAAUGUGACAACUCCUGGCCAGGUUCAUCAGAUCCCCACCCAUGGCAUCCAGCCCCAGCCUCAACCAGCACCCCAACAUCCUUCCCAGCCUUCAGCCCAAUCAGCCCCAGCUCCUGCCCAGCCAGCUCCUCAGGCCCCACCUGCCAAAGUCAGUAAGCCUUCCCAACUACAAGCACAUACUCCAGCCAGUCAGCAGACUCCCCCACUCCCACCAUAUGCAUCCCCACGUUCUCCACCGGUCCAGCCUCACACACCAGUGACAAUCUCAUUGGGAACGGCCCCGUCCUUGCAGAACAAUCAGCCUGUGGAGUUUAAUCAUGCCAUCAACUAUGUUAAUAAGAUCAAGAACAGAUUCCAGGGCCAACCCGACAUCUACAAGGCGUUCCUGGAGAUUUUGCACACAUAUCAGAAAGAACAGAGAAAUGCUAAGGAAGCUGGAGGAAACUACACCCCAGCAUUGACUGAGCAGGAGGUAUAUGCCCAGGUGGCUCGUCUCUUUAAAAACCAGGAAGAUCUGUUGUCAGAAUUUGGACAGUUCCUACCGGAUGCCAACAGCUCCGUGCUUUUAAGCAAAACAACUGCUGAGAAGGUUGAUUCUGUGAGAAACGACCAUGGGGGCACUGUGAAGAAGCCCCAGCUGAACAACAAGCCGCAGAGGCCCAGCCAGAAUGGCUGCCAGGUCCGCAGGCACUCUGGACCAGGAGCCACCCCUCCGGUGAAGAAGAAACCGAAACUGCUCAGCCUAAAGGACUCUUCUAUGGCAGAUGCCAGCAAGCAUGGUGUAGGAACUGAAUCAUUAUUUUUUGAUAAGGUCCGAAAGGCUCUUCGGAGCACAGAGGCAUAUGAAAAUUUUCUGCGCUGUCUUAUUAUUUUUAAUCAGGAGGUGAUCUCUCGGGCUGAGCUUGUGCAACUAGUCUCUCCUUUCCUGGGGAAAUUCCCUGAAUUGUUUAAUUGGUUUAAAAACUUUCUGGGCUAUAAAGAAUCUGUACAUCUGGAAACUUUUCCAAAGGAACGAGCCACAGAGGGCAUUGCAAUGGAGAUAGAUUACGCCUCUUGUAAACGACUGGGCUCCAGCUAUCGAGCCCUACCGAAGAGUUACCAGCAGCCCAAAUGUACAGGACGGACUCCUCUCUGUAAAGAGGUUUUAAAUGACACCUGGGUUUCCUUCCCUUCAUGGUCUGAGGACUCUACCUUUGUCAGUUCCAAGAAGACUCAGUAUGAAGAACAUAUUUAUCGUUGUGAAGAUGAACGCUUUGAGCUUGAUGUAGUUUUAGAGACCAAUCUGGCAACAAUCCGAGUUCUAGAAGCAAUACAGAAGAAACUUUCCCGCUUGUCUGCUGAGGAACAAGCCAAAUUUCGCUUGGACAACACCCUUGGGGGCACGUCAGAAGUCAUCCAUCGAAAAGCACUCCAGAGGAUAUAUGCUGAUAAAGCAGCUGACAUAAUUGAUGGUCUGAGAAAGAACCCCUCCAUUGCCGUUCCAAUCGUCCUUAAAAGGUUGAAGAUGAAAGAAGAAGAAUGGCGAGAAGCUCAGAGAGGCUUCAACAAGGUGUGGCGAGAACAGAAUGAGAAAUACUACUUGAAGUCCUUGGACCACCAGGGAAUCAACUUUAAACAGAAUGACACCAAGGUCCUGAGGUCUAAGAGCUUACUCAAUGAGAUUGAGAGUAUCUAUGAUGAGAGGCAAGAGCAGGCUACAGAAGAGAAUGCUGGUGUACCUGUUGGCCCGCACCUCUCACUCGCCUAUGAAGACAAACAAAUACUGGAAGAUGCUGCCGCUCUGAUUAUCCACCAUGUGAAAAGGCAGACAGGCAUUCAGAAGGAGGACAAAUAUAAAAUCAAGCAAAUCAUGCAUCAUUUCAUUCCAGAUCUGCUCUUCGCUCAGAGAGGUGAUCUCUCAGAUGUGGAAGAAGAAGAAGAAGAAGAGAUGGAUGUAGAUGAAGCCACAGGGGCAGCUAAGAAGCACAAUGGUGUUGGGGGCAGUCCCCCUAAGUCCAAGCUAAUGUUUAGUAACACCGCAGCUCAAAAAUUAAGAGGGAUGGAUGAAGUAUACAACCUCUUCUAUGUCAAUAACAACUGGUAUAUCUUUAUGCGACUGCACCAGAUUCUGUGCUUGAGGCUGCUGCGGAUUUGUUCCCAAGCUGAACGGCAAAUUGAAGAAGAAAACCGAGAGAGAGAGUGGGAACGGGAAGUGCUAGGCAUAAAACGAGACAAGAGUGACAGCCCUGCCAUCCAGCUACGUCUCAAGGAACCUAUGGAUGUUGAUGUAGAAGAUUAUUACCCAGCAUUCCUGGACAUGGUGCGGAGCCUGCUGGAUGGCAACAUAGACUCAUCACAGUAUGAAGAUUCACUAAGAGAGAUGUUCACCAUUCAUGCCUACAUUGCCUUUACCAUGGACAAACUGAUCCAGAGCAUUGUCAGACAGCUGCAACACAUUGUGAGUGACGAGAUCUGUGUGCAGGUGACUGAUCUGUACCUGGCAGAAAACAAUAAUGGGGCCACUGGAGGCCAGCUGAACACACAGACUUCAAGGAGCCUCCUGGAAUCAACAUAUCAGCGGAAAGCUGAGCAGCUUAUGUCAGAUGAGAAUUGCUUUAAGCUUAUGUUCGUUCAGAGCCAAGGCCAGGUUCAGUUGACCAUUGAGCUUCUGGACACAGAAGAGGAGAACUCUGAUGAUCCCGUGGAAGCAGAGCGCUGGUCAGACUAUGUGGAGCGAUACAUGAAUUCCGAUACUACCUCUCCUGAGCUUCGUGAACAUCUGGCACAGAAACCAGUAUUUCUCCCGCGGAAUCUUCGGCGGAUCCGAAAGUGUCAGCGAGGUCGAGAGCAGCAGGAAAAGGAAGGGAAGGAAGGAAACAGCAAGAAGACCAUGGAGAAUGUGGAUAGCCUGGAUAAGCUAGAAUGUAGAUUCAAGCUGAAUUCCUACAAGAUGGUAUAUGUGAUCAAGUCAGAGGACUACAUGUACCGGAGGACUGCCCUGCUGCGGGCUCAUCAGUCCCAUGAGCGUGUAAGCAAGCGUCUACAUCAGAGGUUCCAGGCCUGGGUAGAUAAAUGGACCAAGGAGCAUGUGCCCCGUGAAAUGGCAGCAGAGACCAGCAAGUGGCUCAUGGGUGAGGGGCUGGAGGGCCUGGUGCCCUGUACCACCACCUGUGAUACAGAGACCCUACAUUUUGUGAGCAUUAACAAGUAUCGUGUCAAAUAUGGCACAGUAUUCAAAGCCCCUUAACUGCAAAGCCAGAGCAGAUAACUUGAGGGUGUGUGUGUGUGUGUGUGUGAGCAUGUAUACUCACAUACGUUGAAGAAACAAGGAAGAUGCCUUUCAAGCCUCACUGGGCCUCUCUGGGACAUGGCCACCCUGAUCUGUGUGUGGCUGGUGCAAAUUGGCACCAAGUGGGCUACCUUUAAGAAACAUGAAUACUUUAUAAAGGUGGAGCUGGAACUUUUCCCAAGGGGGUUUAGGUAUUAGCCUACCCUGGAGGGGAAGGAAAUCCAUGCAAGCACAGAGACAAGCAGCUUGCUUGCACACACCAGCAGAGCUAAGACUGGAGUCUCCUGUGGCCUGACCUUCAAUGAGGGAAUUGGAUGCUGUUCAUAUUUGGCUGGAUGGAGGUGCUGGGGAAGGACUUAAUGCUCAGAUGGAUUGUAACUGUGAUGGUCACUGCUCCUCUCCUCUACCCCAAAAGGAAAAAAAAACUGGAUUUGAUUUUUUUUUUUUUUUCCUGGUCACCUGAGCACAUUUAAAAACACCCAUUAGGUUUUACCGGGAUCUGCAGUUUGGCUUUGGAAUUGAUCAUCUUGUGGAUUUGAUUCCUGAUGAAUCCCUUGCUGCCCACCCUUUCUCUCUCCUUUGGUUCUCAACCUCAAGUUCAAAUCAGUCAUCCUUUUUAGCUCCCGUGGAACUGUUUUGUACCUGCUUCUUUACUAGUCUACCCUAGUGCCAUCCACCAGCUUUACUCUCUGACACACACACACACACACAAUUUUAACUUCAUUUUUCUUUUUUUGUAAAUAAUGUACAUACUGUCAAUUUUUUAUUAAAGAAAUAUGCUUUGAUGUGCUAGCAUAACUGCUCUAGCUUCUUGUGUACCAUAGUACUAUGUGGCUUCAGAUUUAGUACCUAUGAACAGAUGUACAAGACAUUUAUUACACUUUUUACCAAAGGGAGUUACCAUUGUAGUACUUUUGUGUAAAACUUGUCUUCCUUACCCCAACUUUUUUUUCUUUUUUUUUGUAAAUAAAUAAAGCUUGGUUCUUACUUAAGGAA